AUGCCUGCGAGGGUGACUUUUACACUCGAUGAUCUCUCCACAAAUAUUCCACGAAUAUUCGACCAAGUCCAAACCACAACGGCCAAUCACCAGAAGAACUAUGUCGCGCUGUACAAACUACAUGUCGAAGCUUCAAAGCACACAGAGACUAUAAAUGAUGGAACAAGUAUAAAGCUUGUCGGCGAACGCGCUUUCGAAGACCUGUUCAUCUCCAUGCUCAGCCGGGCGCUGCCCAUCAAGAAAGGAGCAAGCGUCGUAGACAGGAUUAUCAAGUUUGUCGGUGGAUAUACCAAAUUCGUGAACGAGAAAGGUGAAGCGGCACGAAAAGCCAACCCUACCGAGGAAGACGAGCCGGACGAUGACACACCCGCUUCACGUUUUGUGUCAAGAUUGCUGCGCUUCCUCUUCAAAGGCUGUCAGGCGAAAGACAAGAUUAUUCGUUUUCGAGUUGUUCAAUGCAUAGCAGAGAUGGUUGCGCACUUGGGAGAAAUCGAUGACGAUAUAUAUAAUCUGCUGCGUGGCAAUCUGCUCGAGCGCAUACGAGACAAGGAAAAUCCAGUACGAGUUCAAGCCGCCAUUGCUUUGUCGAAACUUUGCGGCUCAGAGGACGACCCUACCGAAGAGCCAAAGAUUACAGACGUUAUCAUAGACAUAUUGACAUACGAUACGGCGGCAGAUGUCCGUCGUGCAGCACUGCUCAAUCUUCCUAUCGGCCCUGAGACCCUGCCCCACAUCCUCGCUCGCACUCGUGAUGUUGAUGUCACAGUUCGGAAGCUCGUCUACCACAACGUCCUCGAACCUAAUUGCGUAAUCGAACACGAUGGCGGCAUCAACGUCGGCGUCUCCCAUCCGCGUGCGUUGAGCAUUGCCCAACGCGAACAAAUCGUGCGAAACGGCCUUGGUGACCGCGAAGAUGUCGUCAAAAGCGCUGCCAUGAAGCUGGUCGCGACGUGGGUUGAAGUUGUCCGCAUGGAUGGCUCUAAGCUCGAGAAGGGGGAUCACGAAGCAGAUGUCAUCGCAUUCCUUAACCUCUUUGACCUCGUGGAGAACUCUACGGCGGAGGAUGCACUGCUCAGCGUCUUCAAAUCUCGUGCGGAUAUACUCGAUGGUCUCGAGUUUGGUGACAAAUAUUGGGAUGACAUGACUCCCGAGAAGGCCUUCCUUGCACGCGUCUUCGUUGACCACUGUGUUGCUACCAAAGACGACCGUCGCCUAGAGGCCGCGCUUCCCGUGGUGACUGCACUUGCCUUCCGCAUCCAGACCGCAUACAAUCAUCUUAUGCUCCUGCGUGGCGACAUCGACGACGAGGAAGAAGAAGAGCUGCGGGCGAGCCGCGAGGAGGCGCAGCUCAGCCAAGAAUUCAUCAUCGGCGAGAUGCUCAAGAUGUCUGACAACCUCGACUAUGCGGAUGAGAUUGGAAGGCGAAAGAUGUUCCAGCUCGUUCGUGAUAUGCUUUCGCAGGAUGUCCUUCCGGAGAGCCUUGUCUCGAGGUGCUUGGACGUUUUGCGCACGCUGUCGCCCAAUGAACGCGACCUAAUCCGCGUUGUCGUGGAAGUGAUACAUACUCUUCGUGAUCCGUUUGAAGACCCUGCACAGGGCAUCAGUGCCGACGAUAGCACGUCCACCAUUGCAGACACUCCUGCCACGGUCCGUACUGCGCGCGCGGCCCCGAAGCCAGCAGAAGAGAUGCCUCCCGAAGAGCGUGCCCGCGCAGACACUAUCGAUCUCCGCUGUCUUGCGCUGUGCAUCGGCAUGCUCGAACGAGUCAAUGGCACAUUCGAGGAAAACUCGACGUUGGAAGGUAUCCUCGGCGAGCUGAUCAUCCCAGCUGUCAAGCGACGCGAGAUGCUCCUACGCGAGCGUGGGCUCGUGAGCCUCGGGCUGUGCUGCCUCAUCGCGCGGCGCAUGGCGCUCAACUCGUUCCAGCUCUUCGUCAGCCAGGUGCAAGCGGGCGUGCCCGAGGUCCUGAAGCUGCGCGUCCUGCAGGUCAUUCUUGAUAUCCUCAUGGCGCAUGAUAAGGAUUUUUUGAGCCUGCAGAGUCCAUAUCUUGAGAAGAUCAUUGGGUUCCUGAUGAAUACACUCAACACGGAAGAGUCUGACAAGGUCCUGGCGUUAAUAUGCGUCGGCCUGUCAAAACUCAUGCUCUCGGGCAUGAUCUCGGACGACCGGAUUCUCCGCGCUCUUAUCCUCGAAUACGUGUCACCAAACUCUGCGACGAACCAAGAACUAAGACAAUGUCUCUCGUACUUCUUUCCAGUUUAUUGCUACUCCUCCGCGGCCAACCAACGACGCAUGCAGAAGCAAUUUAUACCCAUCUAUGAAGACCUGAACAGAGUAUACAACGAAUGCGAUGGUGAUGAGGAUAUGAUCAGCCCUACGCAGGCGUCUUUAAUGAUCGUCGACUGGACAGACCCUCAAAAGGCAGUGCUGAAGGCAGAUGAGAGCAUACACAUUGACCUGGCGAGCGACAUCAUCAAGGCGCUGUUCACUCAUUGUUUGCAUCUGGAUAUAGAGGAGGACAAGAAAGCAUUAUGUCAGUUGCUUGGCAAGCUUUAUAUACCAGACGAAGUCGACGAUGAUAAGAUUCGUACGCUCAAGUUGCUCAUGAUCACCCUUCGCACUCGCCGACCCCUUCGCGACUCCACUACCAAGAAUACGUUCAACAAAUUUCAAGCGCUCAUCGAUAAGAAGUUCGAGAAGCAGCUCGCCGACUUUGACGAGGUCGAGUAUCGGCAGCUCGAAUACUUCAAAGCAGUCUUCGAAUUUCUCGACGAUAUCACACCGGACUCGGACUGGGACGACGAUGAGGCUGCAGUCAAGAAGCGUGGAGGCAACAAGCGUCGCAGCGAGAGCGUCGUGUCUGAUACUACGGCAUCAUUGAGUGCCGCCAGCGAUGUUGAGGCGACGCCCCGCGCGCGGAAGGCGAACGGGAAGAGCAAGGCUAAGUAA